AAGGGUUGUUUAAAGUAAACAGCUGAAGCGAGUGUAUGUAAGUAUUACGGAAAUUAUAAGUUACGGUAAAACGGAGUGCUAAACAAAUGUGGGAUUGUAAUAAGGAAAAUAUCGAAGGACGCGGACGAUAUACUCAUGACAGGGGGCUAUGAAGGAAUAAGAAUGGGAUCUUAGAAUGAACACAAAUAAGAAGAAGACACUUUAACUCACCAGGUGGUUGACAUCAGGCGAUAACAAUGGCAGAUAUAGACUGUGGAAGCUGUGACUGCGGUAGCUGUGAUUGCGGUGACUGCGGCGAUUGCGGCGACUGUAGUAAUUGUGAUUGUGGCGACUGUGAAUGCGGCGAUUGCUGUGGUAUCUGUGGAGACAACUGGGAUUGUCAUUGUUGUGAUGAUAACGCCCACUCUGGUCAUUGCUGUCCUUGUUUGUUUGGAUGUACACACUGUUGUUCUUGUGAAUGUUGCGUGGAUUCAACUGAAGCAGGGCACCAUUGCGCCACUCAUUGGUGGCUCUGCUUCGCUUCUGAGUCAUGUGACUGCUGCUAUAAGGAUCGCAGAGGUCAAGAUCCUCAGGUUUAUACCGUUGAUGGUGGGGGACUUCCAGUGACUAAUGGCACUCCUGCAAUAAUCCCAUCAAAAGACAUUACUCCACAAGUAGUUAUGACGCAACCGCCAUCUUAUGAAGAAGCCGUGUCCGGUAGUCAGGCUGUGACGUCACAGCCUACGUAAUGUUUUUAAUUGUAUUUUUAAUAUAUGUUUUGUAUCACUCGUGUAUAAAUUGUUCUUUUCCAAAUUUCCUUGUUAUGUAUAUGUCUGAUAUUCAAGCAAUAAUGUACUUUGUAAUUUAACGGGCGAGAAAUAUGUGACAUUUUUAUGAGUACAAAUUAUUAUCUAAAGAUAAAUUUCAAUUUCUUAUCUAAAGAUAUUUACAAAUUAAUUCAUUUGAAUGCAUAUGCAUUAUGAAUUUCAUUUAUGCGUUCAUACAUGAAUACAAUAAAUUUUUAUUAAGAAAUAGAAAUUGUAUGAACCUGCAUUGGAAUUUUAAAUAAAAGUAAGGAAUUACUAUUGCUGAGUCCAUACCUAUAUUUAAAGAUGGAUGUCAUAAGAGAAAUAUAAAAAUAUAGGUAUAUUUAUGUAAGGUUCACUUAAUAAAA